CCUCGACUGGAAACAACGCGAUGCCGCACCGCUUGCGGGGCCUGGCGGCCUUCGCGCUCGUGGCCACCGCCACCUCCUUCUCCGCGCCGACGAAGCGGACGGGGAUCUCGUUCCUGCCGGAGGAGACGAUCGCGCGGGCGGCGGAGGGCAACAAGAUCGAGAAGCUGAAGCUCGCCAAGGACCCGACGAACGCGUGGACGGACCUCUACGAGUUCGCCGGGGCGAUCCGCGCGGGCACGCUCGACUACGCCUCAAGUGGGCGGGCCUCCUGAGCCGCUUCAAGCGCACGCCGGGCCGCUUCAUGAUGCGCCUGCGCCUGCCCAACGGCAUCGUGACGUCGGACCAGGUCCGGGUGAUGGCGGACGCGAUCGCGCCCUACGGCGACGACCUCGGCGUCGCCGACAUCACGACGCGCCAGAACUUCCAGCUCCGGGGGCUGACCCUCGAGGACGGCGCGGACCUCACGGAGAAGCUCCACGCGAUGAACCUCACGUCGUUCCAGUCGGCGUUGGACAACGCGCGGAACGUCGUCGGGAGCCCCCUCGCGGGCCUCGACGACCUCGAGCUGAUCGACACGCGGCCCAUCACGAACGCCAUCAACGACCUCAUCUCGCUCGACAAGGCGACGGGCGACCGGGGCAACCCCCAGUGGGGCUUCCUCCCGCGCAAGUUCAACAUCGCCGUGUCGGGCGGCCGCGACGACUUCGCGCACACGUACAUCAACGACAUCGGCCUCGAGCCCGUCAGGCACGCCGCGACGGGCCAGCCGGGCUUCAACGUCGUCGUCGGCGGCUACAUGUCCAUCAAGCGCGUCGCCGAGUCCGUCGCGCUCGACGUCUGGGUGCCCGGCGACGCGUACUCGUGCGAGGCGCUCUGCGAGGCCAUCCUGCGCCUCUUCCGCGACGAGGGCAGCCGCGACGACCGCCAGAAGGCGCGCCUCAUGUGGCUCGUCGAGUCCUACGGGCCCGAGGCGUUCGGGGACGCCGUGAAGAAGGAGAUCGCGUCCUACGGGCGCGGCGUCGACGUGCAGCCCGCGCAGCCCCACGACACGACGCCCUUCGAGCGCCGGAGCCUGCUGGGCGUCCAGCCCCAGGCGGACCCGGAGCUCCGCCGCGUCGGCGUCCACGUGCCCGCGGGGCGCCUGUCCGUCGAGGAGAUGCGCCAUUUGGCGGACCUCGCGGACCGCUACGCGGGCGGCGAGCUCCGCCUCACGGUGGAGCAGAACGCGAUCCUGCCCAACGUCCACAAGGACAAGGUCAAGGCCCUGCUCAAGGAGCCGGCGCUCACGGCGGGCCGCCUCUCCGUGGAGCCGAGCAACAUCGUCGGCAACAUGGUCUCGUGCACCGGGGCCCAGUUCUGCCCGCUCGCCAUGAUCGAGACCAAGUCCGUCGCCGAGCGGGUCAUGGAGAAGGUCGACGCCCUCGUCGAGACGCCGCGGCCCCUCCGGGUCCAUUGGACGGGCUGCCCGAACUCGUGCGGCCAGGUCCAGGCCGCGGACAUCGGCUUGAUGGGCGGGCCCGCGAAGCGCAAGAACGCCGAGGGCAAGAUGAAGGCCGUCUCCGGCGUCAACAUCUACGUCGGCGGCACCAUCGGCGAGGGCGGCCACCUCGCCCUCGAGCCCCACACCAAGGGCGUGCCCAUGGACGACGAGGACGAGCUCGCCGCGAUCCUCGCCAAGCUCAUGCACGACCACUUCGACGGCAGGUACAGGUUCGGCAAGCGGCGCGUCGUCAAGAAGGCGACCGCGGCCCUCGAGGAGGCGACGACGGCGCCGCCGAAGAAGCCCAAGAAGGCGCCCGCGAAGAAGGCGCCCGCCGCCGCCGCCGCGGCCGACGCGCCCGCGAAGAAGGCGCCGCCCGCGAAGAAGGCGCCGGCGAAGGCGCCCGCCGCGGCCGCGGCCGACGCGCCCGCGGAGAAGGCGCCGCCGGCGAAGAAGGCGCCGGCGAAGGCGCCCGUCGCCGCCGCGGCCGCGAACGGCGCCGCCGCGCCCAAGAACGGCGCCGCCAAGAACGGCGCCGUGGCCAACAGCGAGGCGCGGAGCAGCCAGUCGCAGUACGAGCUCGGCUGGUUCGGCAAGUUCGACGACGCCACGUCCGAGGCCGAGCGGAGCGCGAAGAUCCUCUCGCGCUACGACAAGGUCGGCGGCGACGGCGAGCAGGAGCGCACGCCCGAGCGCGUCAAGGCGGAGAUCGCGGCCAUCGAGGCGCGCCGGGCCGCGGCCGUGUCGCGCAUCAAGGGCGGCAACUAGCGGCGAAUCCCAUUCUAGAAUCCCAUGUGACCCCCCCCCCGAACCCGGUUCUCCGAACCGACGCCCCUGUGUAAUCAGCUGUGAAUA